UUCUGAUUAUGCGUUCCAGAAAAUUGUAUAACGGCAAAUUGUUUACAUUGGAAACCGUCUUAAUUUUCGGGUUAUCAUCAUCAUGCGGCGUUUAUAGAUUCAUUGAUUUGGAAACAUUAACCUGAGCUGUUACAACAGUAACUAUGUCAACUAUGAGAGAUGGGCGUGGCUUAAACACGGAUGGUGCAACGGAGGAAGAUGAUUGGAUAGAGGCUGAGAUCCAAAGAGAGUUAGAUGCCCUUUCACCCUUGGAUGAUAGCGCCCUCUCUAGUGGAACACAGGAUGAAGAUGAUAUCAUCAAUUUGGAAGAAGAUGGAGAGGAACCACCUCCCAAUGGUACUAUCCCAGAGUCAGUGACCCAAUUCUUACAAAGGGUCAAAAGCAGAGCACAGGAUGCACAGAUAGCAAUAGAAGAGUGCAACGACCUUUUAGAUUCAUCACACAAAGUUACUGAUGAUGAUGAUAUUGAGAACUUUGCCUAUAAGUCUAAGGAGUUGAAUGAUUUAGCUUUCCAGCUUGGUGAAGAUCCUGAGGAACUCAGAGACAGGGUCAUCCACGAGCUUGAAGAGGCUGACAGGAAGGACUUGGAAGAUUAUGAAGGUCAAAGGUCAGAGGGUCAGGUCAAUGGAUUGGAUCUUGUUCCUGUUCUUGAUAAGGAGAGUGGGGCUGUAAUGGUCUACACAGACAUCAACAAGUUUGAGCAAGAUUUGAUGGAAAAAGUCCAGGCUCUAGAGGGUGUCCUUCAGGAACGAGAAGAGAUUGAGACCAGAGAACGAGAGGAAGCGGGCCGGACUAUGGCGAUCCUUGACCAGAAUGCUGAAAAGCUUCGUCAGAAGAAACAACAGGAAAAUGAUGAGGAACAGAGAAAACUAGCACAAGAGAGAAUGGUCAUACAGGCAAGAAUGGAAGAAGAGAUUGCUAAUGAAACAAGACAAACACAAGAAGAGUUACAGCAUUAUCAGCAUCAGAUUGAUGAGUUAUCCAGACAGACUGCUCAAGAGAGGGCGGUGUUUGAGCAGGAACAACAUCAAGAGAUGCAGAGACAACACACAAAGAAACAUACAGCUGCUGCAACUAUACAGGCAGCUUUUAGAUCAUACAGGGUGAGAAAACCAUACAAAAAGAAGAUGAAAUUGAUUCAAGAAGGAUUGAAGGAGAAACGAGAGAAUGAACGGCAGAUGGAGAUUGUUCUCAGCAGGAAAAGGAAAGAAGAGCAGAAACGGAAAGAAAAACUUGAAAAGAUGAAAAAAGAAGAGGAAGAAAGGAAAAGACGUGAGGAAGAGGAGAAGAGGAAAGAAGAAGAGAGGCUGGAGAUUGAGCGACUGGAGAGGAUAAAGCUGAAGAAGGAGAAGAAAGAGAAGGAGAGGUUAGAGAAAGAACGGCAAAAGAGAGAGGAAGAAGAGGCAAAGAAACAGGAAGAGUUAAAGAGGCAAAGUGAAGAGAUCUUGAAGCGAAUCUUGCCUGAUCGUCAGCCAAAUGCAAUCGAAGGAAGACCUGAUGCAGGAGAUACCAAUCUGCAGGAUAAAGAAGGAACAAACGCAUCUGCUAGGCUGCAGGGAAGCUUUUCAAAUGAUAUUACCAAUGAUAGGACUAAUAAUGAGACUGGUAUCAAUGAAGAACAGACUGUGAGUCAAGGAGAGUCUGUCUUUAUCACUGAGAAAAGUACCAGUUUCAUAGGAGAGCCAUCGUCUGAAGACACUCAAAAUUUGGUGAGUGAUGAGAUCACAGGUCAGGAAAGAACAUGUGAAGUUCUUGAUAGUUCUGUACAUGAUGGGGGAUUGGAGAAGAUGUCUCAGGGUGGCAUGACAACAUCUCAGAAAAACUUAGAUGAUAAGAUGGUUGAGGCAGGGAUACACCAGUUAUCAGAACAGCAAAGAUCAAUGGAUGAAGGAAGUUCUGGAGGUGAAAAAUCAAAAGCGGAAAAUAAAUUGAUUUUGAGUCCUUAUUCUACUGACACUGUGGAGUUGAGUGUGUCUGGGAAAGUAAUGCAAAAUACUGUUAAAGAAAAAGAAGACCUAAGCAAUACAGCUUCCAGGAAGCCAAAGGCCACUGAGGAUAUUACUUCUGUGAGCCUAGCUGAGACUGCUACAUGCCAGCAGACAGAUGUGCCCCUAAAUUUAGAUACUGAUAAAUUACCAUUGCAAAGUCAAGGAGAUACUUGUGAUACUUCAAAAUUUAGAAAUGUUAAUGUGGCAGAGCAAAUGAAGACUGAAAAGCAGGUGGACCACUCUUUGAUGGAUCAGCAAAAGGAAGAAAGAAGUUCAGAAAGUACCUUACAAGGAGAUUGUUCAGAAGAAAUGUCCAAUGUGAUGGAGCAUCAUCCUCUUGUGGGAGAUCUUGAACAACGUCGUCUACAGUGGAUCCAAAACUGCAUUUCUUUGACGAAGCUUGCCAGUAGAGCUAAACUUGCGAGUACAUCUACCAAGCCUAGGAGACAGCUCCGUAGACCAGCUUCAGCCAAGAAGAUCCAAGCCCUGUCAGAAGAUCAGAUCAAGGCUGUCUCACCAUCACAUGUUCCCUUAGACCAGGUGACUACUGUCCAGUUGAAGGACCUUCCAGGUAGCUCGCUGACCUCACUCAAAAAAUGUCAAAGGUUAAAAACUUUGAACCUGAACAACUGUGGAGUCCCAGCCUUGGAAGGCCUUGAUGAGAGCCCUGAUAUCUUAUGGAUUGAUGUAUCACAUAACAAGAUAGAGAGUAUGUUAUGUAGAGACAGGAGAGUUCUUUGUGGUUUGGAUGUAUCAUGGAAUAUUCUAACUUCACUACAAGGAAUAGAAGGAUGUAACCAGCUUAGAAAACUCAAUCUUAGUCAUAAUAAGAUUACUAGAAUAAGUGGUGUUGAAACACUUCUUUCUUUGACCCAUCUUGACCUGAGUCACAAUCAACUGGUCAAUGUCUCAGGUUUGACAUCUUUAGUCCAUCUCCAAGACCUUAAUUUGACCUCUAACCAUCUCAGCAGUGUCCGAGGGCUUGACCAAUGUCCCCUCUUACAGAGGCUGGACCUCAGCUCCAAUUCCCUUUCACAGAUUCCUAAUCUAUCCAACAACAUCCUAUUACGCUCCUUGUCACUAGCAGGGAAUAGUCUUUCAUCACUAGGUGAUUUCACAUCAGUCUGGCUCCCUCUAUUGUUACAUCUAGAUCUUAGUCAAAACGGGUUAUCAGAGCUGGCCCCAUUGAAGUCUUUUCUACUCCUCAAUCAUGUCAAUGUAUCAAACAAUUUCAUAUCAGAUGUUGAGUGCCUUGUAGCGGGUUUAGAAGGAUGUACCAAACUCAAGCAUAUUGAAGUACAAGGCAACGCACUCACAGAGGAACCUCACUAUAGGGAUGCUAUCGUAAAGGUUCUACCUGGUUUACAGCAACUUGACUCUGAACUUCUGACCUCAGUGCUCAAAGGUCAUGACCCCACUGUGACCUCUAGUAGCUUUGAGGUCAUGUGCAGGUCACAGGUGGAUGCACAGGAUGCUCUGAGGAAGAGACAAGAUGAAGAGUUGAGCACUCUAACUGAUCAAGAUGAUUUUAAGUUUGGAGUGAUGAGAGCAGAGAAGCUGUCAAGACACCUAGAAGAGAUCUUUCAGCAAGCAGUAGAGCAUCGCUAUGCCCAUGAAUACGGGGAGACUACUCCAGCUACCUGCAUCUAUCCUGACAGUACGCCCCAACUCGUUUCAACUCAGAAGGGCCUUGCUUCAAUUCAAGGGGUAACUUUCGAUACAGGGGCAUCACCAGCCAAGGAGUCUACAAGAACUCUACCUUCAGAGGCCAGAGAUAUGAAGGUUGGUCCUCCAGGUAUCAUGUCAACGUCGAGUGUUGGGGUAUCACUAGUCAAGGCUGGGAACAGAGCCACACUAUCUACGGCGAUUGCUGCGAACCAGAGUCAACACUCAAGGCAGGUUACAGGUAUGGAUGGAAGCAUUAGGACAUCAGCCAAAGAGGCCAGAAGAGAUUAUAUGAAAGUCAAGGAGACAACCUUCCAGGGUACAAGUUCAAAGCAAGAGCAUUAUGGGAUUGGUAACCUUGAAGGUCAAAAGUCAAGUGAUACUUCCUCCAGGGUGGAUGCAAAGACAGUCUCAACAGCUCUGCAGAAGGAGUUGGAAACUGAUAGGGUAAGUCUAUCAGAUCAUGCUGCCACUUUGAUCCAGGCCCGAUGGAGGGGUUACUCUGUCAGACGAAGCAUUGAUAUCGGUACUAAGCAAUGGCUGGCUGCUCUUAGGAUACAGGCCUACUGGAGAGGUCAUAAGGUCAGACAAUGGAUGCGAGAGGUCAAGAGGUCGUUAAAGAAUAAUACUGGAAUGAAUGUCGAUGAGGAUGAAGCGGAAUAUGCAGAGAUUGAUCUAGGUUCCUUUGAUUUUGAUGAGGACAUGUUGGAUAAAGGAUUAACUACGCCUUCUGAUACCCCGACCCUCCUACACAAAUACCCACCCCUCCCUCCAACCUCAAACACAUCCCAUGCAAGACCCAACCCACGCCCCACCCAGCCUGCGUCUCCUUCCCCACACAAGCCCUUCCCCCCAUCCACCACAAAACCCUCCUCACCAGAAAAACCCCAGACACGACCCUACCGCCAGGCCUGGAGAGGUGCAGACUCGCCCCUCAACCCCCUAGAAAGUUCACCCCAGGGGGGUCACUUACCAAGGGGUAGUGGUGGUGUCUCACCUCCUGAGGGGAUUGGAGGAGGGCUAGUGAUGAAGAAACCCCCCCUACCACCGACCACACCCUCUAGUAUGAGCGGUACAGAGGUACUUAGCAUGGGUACACCCAGGACCCAACGGACUGCAAGACAGGAGCAGCUGACUGAAGAAUGGGGGUUCAAGGAUAGUGUUACUGCAGACCUAAUGAUGAAACGAGCCAAGAAAUUAGCCAAAGGAAAGAAGAAGAAACUUGACCCAAUUCAGCGAUAUCAGCAAAUCAGAAAGAACCAGGAUGCUAGCACAGCUAGACCUCCUCAGAUGACUAGCAAGAAAGGGGUUCAGAGGAAAGACUACUUCCAAGCUCGAGAAGAAGAAGCAGAGAGGCGAGCGAGAAGCAAAGUUGAGGAACACAGCAACAAAAAACAUAGAACAUUUGACUGGGUCCAUGGCCAAGUGAACAAUGACCUACCAGUAUCUGAGUCUCGAAUCAACCCAUAUGGGAUACGCAGCAGACAAUCUAAUAGUGAACCAAACCUACCUGCAAUAAGCCCUGAUGUCAUACAAGGGUCAAGGGUCAAUCUAGUGAUGAGUCCUAAUGCUAUGGAGGUUCAGUCAGUUGAUAGUGUAAGCCUUGGUGAUUUCACUUCAAGAGAAAGGAGCCGAUCAUUCUCUUCACCAAAUGGUAAUAGGGUCCAGUUCCCGCCCAUCAAGACAAGCUCCGCCCCCAGUAGUCACACCAAACAACGUAUGGCAGUACAAGGGGGUGACAGGAGGGGUGGGGGAGAGGUAGCUUGGGGUAGCGCUGGUAGUAAUAAGACAGGGAGGGGUAAGAUAUCUAGAUGACCACACCCAUGAACAUACAUCUUUAGAUUACUUUAGAUUUUUCAAUUUUGAGAUUGCUCUGGGGUGAUGUGAAAAUUUUUUAUAAUAACAAUAAGAAUAUACUGGUAGGGUAUAUGUGUCGUGCAAAGGUCUACCUUGUUAGGUGCUCAAGGCACUCCUAUAUUAGCCCAGCCAAGCUUGGCUUCCCUUUCCUGUGCUCACAGCUUUUGAGGAAUUACCUCUUGCCGGUACCCAUUUACCUCACCUGGAUUGAGUGCAGCACAUUGUGGAUCAAAACUUUCUUGCUGAAGAAAAUGAUGCCAUGGUUGGGAUUGGAACCCACGACCCUCUGUUUCAAAUUCCAGAAACUAAUCCACUGGGCCACAAUGCUCCACAUUGGUUAUUUUGUGUUAGAAUGAUGGUUUAUGGAUAGAUAUUCCAUGCUUCUCAUGAUGCCAUAGAAUUUCAACUGAGUGAGCAAUUUUUUACUUUUGAAUCAAUUGAAUACUGCCCUCUGUUGAGCAAAAACUGUACAUUGCAAUUUUCCAUGAAGUACUGGAACAUGAUUGAAGUUUGGUCACGGUGUGUUGGAUUUGUUGCAUGGAGGUAGAGAAAGGACAAAACAAGAGAUGAGGGAGUAAAAUACAGAGAGAAAAAGGCAGGGGCGGAGAGAGAGGGAGAGGGAGCGAGAGAUGUGGGGGGGUCCAAAUGAUUUGUAUGCCUUUAACUUAAUUAUUGAUGACAUUACCAACAUUUUAAUGCAUUCAUAGGGAUUUAGGACAGAGAAAGAAAAAGGAAAGAAAUAGAGAAAGAGACAGAGAAUGGUGGUCAAAUUAUAUAUAUUCCAUUAUAUUUAUGACAUUACAGACAUUAUAAUGAUUAAUAGAGUUGUGUGUGAAGAUACAAAGCACCUUGCAUUAGUAUAUACUUUGUUUAUUCUAUCAAGUUUAAAUAUAAGUAAUUGUAUGAUAUACAAGUAAUGUCCAUCCAAAUUAUUUAAAAAUAUUAAAAGUUCUGUAUAGAAAUUGUAUUUAUGUAAUAAGCAAAGCAAUUAACUGCAGUCAUCUUUGCAUAAUAAAAUCUGCCAGGACAUAUAGCUGUGAAUUUGACAAAAUUCAAUAUAAAUUUAUGAAAUAU